AUGCCGGAGAAGGAGAAGGAAAAAGAUCCACAACAAGAGAUUAAAGAAGAGACUAAUCUGUUGCUUGAUGAUUCUCAUCCCUACAGUGAAUUGAGGCUGCGGAAACAGAAUCAGCUCGAGGUUCGAUCUAUUCUCAAGACUACUCUCUUGCUCGAUGAUUCUCACCCCUAUAGUGAAUUGAGGCUGCGGAAAGUGACAGAGACGGUGCGGGAGAUGGAGAUCCAUCUGUAUAAGUGUGGAAAAGGUCUUAUCGAUGCGUUCAAGUCGAAUCUUGGUGGUUGGGAGCAGGAUCAGCUCGAGGAACUGUUGAGACGUCAUGAGAUGUCAUGGAGAAGGCUCGUGGGUAAGAGAAACCUAGGGUUCCAAUGUCUUGAUGCUCACGCAAGAGGUUGUGUGAAGCAUAAUGAAGAAGACAUUACUCUUAAAGAGACAGAGUCUACAAGUUCAAGGAAGCAACUUAGAGUUAGACCGAAACUCAAUUAA